AUGACAAACUUACGCCCAGCUGAACGCGUUCUCAACUUGAAGCCAAGGGUUCGGCAAGAAUUGAAUAGCGCCAUUGAUAAAUAUAAGGCAAUUAACUUGAACCGGGGAUCUACAGACUUCAUAUUUACCAAUCGUCUUCUAACGAACCUCCGUGUUGUCGCCGAUGACAACGUGUCACCGUCGCUGCAUCAGUACGCCAGAUCCCAAGGACACCUGCGUCUGGUGAAUGCCCUGGCAAAGCUCUACAACCAACGGUUCCGUCACAACGCGUGUGUUUCUGGCGCAAUCCCGGAGGAUCUGCGAGAGGCCACCUUCGGUGCUGAUCGAUGCAUUAAUCCGUUGACUGAGAUAAUCAUCAGUGUUGGCGGCGUCGAUGCUUUGUCGACGAUAUUUCUAGCACUAAUCAACCCAGGCGAUGAGGUUGUCGUGAUUGAGCCCGCCUUCGAUUGCUUCGCGCCCCAAAUAGAGGCCGCAGGAGGCGUCUACGUGGGCGUUUCACUAAUUCCGCCUAAGAAUGCGAGUGGCCGUGUCGAUGGCAACGAAUUCACUUUAAACUGGGACGAGCUGGAAUUGAGGAUUAACAAGAAGACAAAGAUGCUUCUACUAAACACACCAUUCAAUCCAGUGGGGAAGGUGUUUACAAAAGAGGAGAUGAAGAAGAUCGCCGACAUCUGCAUUCGCCACAACCUCAUCUGCUUAUCUGACGAAGUCUACGAGUUUCUC